AUGUUGAGGACUCAAAGAGUGACUAGCCCAGUGAGAUAUAAAUAUAUUUCGCCGACUGCAGCCAAUCAGGAUUUUGAUGGUUACAACAGGCUCCGCCCACAGCCACGCCCACGCGUAAUGAAAACGUCUAGGUCUAGAUGUCUAUCUACAAUAGGAGACGUAUUCCUUUUGGGUCUAACGCCUGGUCUUAGUUUUGGUUCGGUGCAAGUCAGAAGAUGCAGAGUGGUCAUAGAUCCUUGCCGACACAGUGGAACUCCAAAACAGUGGAGGUGGCUUGAAAGACAGUCCAAUGUUCAUCCGAAAUGGUGCAAAAGCAUGACUCCUUGGUAA